GAAAAACAUUGUACCGGUGGACGUGUCAGGAAACAGUCGCGACAAGUAAAUGGGCUAAAGAAGCAGUUGGGAAACAGUUUGCGAAAAAUAACAGUUUUAAAUACGUUUAUUUUAAUUUAAUUUUAAAUAUUUUCAGCGUGAUAUUGUCAUCAUUCAUAUAGCUAGCUAACGUUGGUUAUCACCGCGUUCUUAAGAUGUUGACCAAAUUCGAGACGAAGUCGGCCCGUGUGAAAGGGCUGAGUUUCCACCCUAAGCGGCCCUGGAUCCUUGCUAGUCUUCACAAUGGAGUCAUCCAGCUGUGGGACUAUCGGAUGUGCACACUGAUUGACAAGUUUGAUGAGCAUGAUGGCCCUGUCAGAGGAAUUGAUUUCCACAAGCAGCAGCCUCUGUUUGUGUCUGGAGGCGAUGACUACAAAAUCAAGGUGUGGAACUACAAGCUGCGGCGUUGCCUCUUCACUCUUCUUGGACACCUGGACUACAUCCGCACCACCUUCUUCCAUCAUGAGUAUCCCUGGAUUCUGAGUGCCUCAGAUGACCAGACCAUCCGCAUCUGGAACUGGCAGUCCAGGACAUGCGUCUGUGUCCUGACUGGGCAUAAUCACUAUGUGAUGUGUGCUCAGUUCCACCCCUCUGAGGACCUGGUGGUGUCGGCUAGCCUGGACCAGACUGUGCGCGUGUGGGAUAUCUCUGGUCUGAGGAAGAAGAACCUCUCUCCCAGUGCCGUGGAUACUGAGGUGCGAGGCAUCUCUGGCGUCGAUUUGUUUGGCGCUUCCGAUGCCGUCGUCAAACACGUGCUCGAGGGUCACGACCGUGGGGUCAACUGGGCCGCCUUCCAUCCCAGCAUGCCCCUCAUCGUCUCAGGGGCCGACGACCGGCAGGUCAAGAUCUGGAGGAUGAACGAGUCCAAGGCGUGGGAGCUGGACACCUGCAGGGGCCACUACAACAACGUGUCCUGUGCUGUCUUCCACCCCCGCCAGGAGCUCAUCCUUUCCAACUCUGAGGACAAGAGCAUCCGUGUGUGGGACAUGUCCAAGAGGACUGGCGUCCAGACCUUCCGCAGGGACCACGACCGCUUCUGGGUGCUGGGGGCUCACCCCAACCUAAACCUAUUUGCUGCUGGUCAUGACAGUGGUAUGCUGGUGUUUAAGCUGGAGCGUGAGCGUCCGGCCUAUGCCGUGUACGGCAACAUGCUCUACUAUGUCAAGGAUCGCUUCCUGCGACAGCUCGACUUCAACAGCAGCAAGGACACUGCCGUCAUGCAGCUACGCAGGUGUCUUGGGUCAAAGUUCCCAGUGUUCAGCAUGUCUUACAACCCCGCAGAGAAUGCUGUCCUGCUCUGCACUAGGGCAACUAACCUGGAGAACAGCACCUAUGACUUGUACUCCAUUCCCAAAGAGAGCGACUCUCAGAAUCCAGAUGCUCCUGAGGGGAAGAGGUCCUCUGGUCUAACCGCAGUCUGGGUCGCCAGGAACAGGUUCGCUGUUCUGGACCGCAUGCACUCUCUGCUGAUCAAGAACCUGAAGAAUGAGAUUGUGAAGAAGGUACAGGUGCCCAGCUGUGAGGAGAUCUUCUACGCCGGGACGGGCUCCCUGCUGCUCCGCGACGCAGACGGAGUCACUCUCUUUGACGUGCAGCAGAAACGCUCGCUGGCCACAGUGAAGAUCGCCAAGGUCAAGUAUGUCGUCUGGAGCGCCGACACCAGCCACGUUGCCCUGCUGGCUAAACACGCCAUUAUGAUCUGCAACAGGAAGCUGGAGAGUCUGUGCAGCAUCCACGAGAACAUCCGCGUGAAGAGCGGAGCCUGGGACGAGAGUGGAGUCUUCAUCUACACCACCUCCAACCACAUCAAAUACGCCCUCACCUCAGGUGAUCAUGGUAUCAUCCGGACUCUGGACCUGCCCAUCUACGUGACCCGGGUCAGAGGCAACAGCGUCUAUUGUCUUGACCGUGAGUGCAGACCCCGCGUGCUGAACAUAGACCCAACGGAGUACCGCUUCAAACUGGCUCUGGUCAACCGCAAGUAUGAGGAGGUGCUGCACAUGGUGCGUAAUGCUAAGCUGGUUGGCCAGUCCAUCAUCGCCUACCUGCAGAAGAAGGGCUACCCGGAGGUGGCGCUGCACUUCGUCAAGGAUGAAAAGACCCGCUUCAGUCUGGCUUUGGAGUGUGGCAACAUUGAGGUGGCGUUGGAGGCUGCCAAGGCUCUGGAUGAGAGGGGCUGCUGGGAGCGGCUGGGCGAGGCGGCGCUGCUGCAGGGUCACCACCAGGUCGUGGAGAUGUGCUACCAGAGGACCAAGAACUUCGACAAGCUCACCUUCCUCUACCUCAUCACCGGCAACCUGGCCAAGCUCCGCAAGAUGAUGAAGAUAGCUGAGAUCAGGAAGGACAUGAGUGGACACUACCAGGGUGCUCUGUAUCUGGGGGACGUCAGCGAGAGAGUCCGCAUCCUGAAGAACUGUGGCCAGAAGUCACUGGCAUAUCUGACUGCUGCCACCCACGGGAUGGACGAAGAGGCUGAAGCCCUGAAAGAGACCUUUGACCCAGAGAAGGAAACUGUCCCUGAGGUGGACCCCAAUGCCCAGCUGCUGCAGCCACCUCCUCCCAUCAACCCCCUGGAUACCAACUGGCCCCUGCUCACUGUGUCCAAGGGCUUCUUCGAGGGAGCCAUUGCAGCCAAGGGGAAGGCUGGUCAGAUGGCUGCAGACAUGGAUGUUGAUGCCCCAGGAGGAGAGGGCUGGGGAGAGGAUGCAGAGCUUCAGCUGGACGAGGAUGGUUUCAUGGAUGCCCAGGAUGGAUUAGGGGAGGAAGGAGGUGCCACGAAGGAGGAGGGAGGAGGCUGGGAGGUAGAGGAGGAUCUGGACCUGCCUCCAGAGCUGGAGUUGCCAGCUGGUGCCGGAGUAGGGGCUGAAGAUGGUUUCUUUGUCCCUCCUACCAAGGGCAUGAGCCCCACCCAGCUGUGGUGCAACAACUCCCAGCUCCCUGUGGACCACGUCCUGGCUGGUUCCUUUGAGACCGCCAUGAGAUUGCUCCAUGACCAGGUUGGGGUGGUGCAGUUUGGGCCCUAUAAACAGCUGUUCAUGCAGACUCUAUCCCGCGGGCGGACAUGCUACCUGGGCCUGCCGUCUCUGCCCUGCCUGCGUGGCAACCCGCAGAGGAACUGGAAGGACUGUGGGGCCAAGCAGGGGCUGCCUGCUGUGGGUCUGCGUCUCUCAGACCUCAUUGCCCGCCUGCAGCAGUGCUACCAGCUCACCACUGCCGGCCGCUUUGAGGAGGCCGUUGAACGCUUCCGCGCCAUCCUGCUGUCUGUGCCACUGCUGGUGGUCGACAACAAGCAGGAGAUCGCAGAGGCUCAGCAGCUGAUCACAAUCUGCAGAGAAUACAUUGUUGGCCUCACCAUGGAAACGGAAAGGAAAAAGUUGCCUAAAGACACAUUGGACCAGCAGAAGAGGCUGUGUGAGAUGGCAGCUUACUUCACCCACUGCAGUCUCCAGCCCGUCCACAUGGUCCUUGUCUUACGUACAGCACUAAAUCUAUUCUUUAAACUGAAGAACUUCAAGACAGCUGCCGGUUUUGCCCGUCGUCUGCUUGAACUAGGACCCAAACCAGAGGUGGCACAGCAGACACGCAAGAUCUUGGCAGCAUGCGAAAAGACGCUGACAGAUGCCCACCAGCUGAACUACGACCCCCACAAUCCAUUUGACCUGUGCGCUGCCUCGUACACACCCCUGUACCGUGGACGCCCAGUGGAGAAGUGCCCCCUCUCUGGGGCCUGCUAUUGCCCCCCCUACAAGGGCCAGGUCUGCAGGGUCACACAGGUGACGGAGAUCGGAAAGGAUGUGGUUGGUCUGCGUGUCAGCCCUCUGCAGUUCCGUUAGAGGACGUGAAGAGGACCAGGAAUGGGGAAGAACAAGAUUGAUCCAUUUAGCGAAACACAUCCACACUUUAUUCUAUAUACACAGUUUGUUUCUUACUUGGGUUAGAGAGAACAAAACAUGAUUAAUGAGAGAGAAUGGUUGGUAGGGUGACAUACGAUUUAUUGGUGAGAGAAUGUCAUUUUUAUAAGCCUUUUUAUUUUUCUGACUGUGACUGCCUGCUUUACCUUUCCUGUGAUGCUGUACGUGUGAGUGUUACGUCAUCUCUGCUCCAACAUUUGAGAAUUGUGGUUUUAUUAGAACCCUACUAGACUUAACUGUCAGUCUCGUUCUGACCUGUACGCGCCAUAAAAUUGAUAAUACAAAAUGAGCAUCACUCCUUUGUGUAACUCGUUAAAUAAAAUAAAGCUCAACUACUAAUUUA